CCGGGGUCUGCCGGCGCCGGCCCCGCUCCCCGCCCGCCCGGGCCAGGCGGAGAAAGUUUCCCGGCAGGAGGCCCGGCGGGGGCGAGCGGCGGCGGGCGGCCGCUGCCGCAGUGUGUGCGCUGAGGCGAGGCUGCUGGCGGCGGCGGCGGCCUCCCGGCGGCAGGAGGCAGGCGGCUGGCGCGCCGGGAGCGGGUGUUGCGCGGUGCCGGUCCUGCCUCCUUCAGUGCGAUGUGAGACGCGGGGAGAGCAUCGGUUGCCAAAGGCUUGAGUUGUUACAUGCAUCCAAUAAUCUUCUUCUCCAAAAUGGAUUUUAGUCAGAGCAACUUAUUUGGAUACAUAGAAGACCUGCAGGAACUAACUAUUAUAGAGAGGCCAGUGCGCAGGAGCCUGAAGACACCAGAAGAAAUAGAAAGAUUGACAGUUGAUGAAGAACUCAGUGAUAUUGAAAGGGCUGUUUAUCUACUCAGUUCUGGCCAGGAUAUCCAAGGAACGAGUGUGGUGGCAAAUCUUCCAGCCCUGAUGCGACAGAAUCCUGCAGAAACACUUCGUCGGGUUUUACCAAAAAUCAGAGAGGUGCUGCAUGUUGCAGGAGUGGAAAUGCAGUUAACAGCUGCUGUUUCAUUUUUGACUGUUCUGCAAGAGGAGUCAGUGUCCAUUCAUACGUACUCCCACUCCUUCCUACACAUCAUUCUCCAGAACCUGGAACACAGAGAUGCAGGUGUCAGCAAUGCAUGGCUAGAAACUCUUCUUGCUGUAAUAGAAGCUUUACCAAAAGAGACUAUCAGACAUGAGAUCCUGAAUCCACUUGUUUCCAAAGCACAGCUUUCUCAAACACUUCAGUCCCGCUUAGUUAGUUGUAAAAUCGUGGGAAAAUUAGCUAACAAAUUUGAAGCUCAUAUCAUUAAAAGAGAGAUUCUUCCCUUGGUAAAAUCACUGUGCCAGGAUGUGGAAUAUGAAGUUAGAACUUGCAUGUGUCGGCAACUGGAACAUAUAGCUAAAGGAGUAGGGACAGAACUAACAAAAACUGUGGUGCUUCCUGAGUUAGUAGAACUGGCAAGAGAUGAGGGCAGCAGUGUACGCCUUGCAGCUUUUGAGACGUUAGUGAAUCUGCUCGAUAUGUUUGAUGCAGAUGAUAGGAGUCAAACUGUGCUCCCCUUAGUGAAAUCAUUCUGUGAAAAACCCUUCAAAGCAGAUGAAUCUAUCCUAGUUUCUUUAUCUUUCCAUUUAGGGAAACUGUGUAAUGGAUUAUAUGGCAUUUUUACUCCUGAACAGCACUUACGUUUUUUGGAUUUUUAUAAGAAGCUUUCCACACUGGGUUUACAGCAGGAAAAUGGACACAAUGAUAAUCAACUACAACUUCAAACUUUGGAACAGGAAAAGAAGUAUAUUUCAGUGAGGAAGAACUGUGCUUACAAUUUUCCAGCUAUGAUUGUUUUUGUGGAUCCAAAGAACUUCCAUUUAGAACUGUAUUCUAUAUUCUUCUGCCUUUGUCACGACCCUGAAGUUCCCGUCAGAUAUACUAUGGCCAUAAGCUUCUAUGAAGUUGCUAAGCUUUUAAAUUCUGGUGUGUAUACAAUACAUAAAGAACUGGUUACACUAUUACAGGAUGAGUCACUGGAGGUGUUAGAUGCCCUGGUUGGUCACCUUCCUGAAAUCCUUGAACUGAUGACUAAUGGAGGAGAAAACAGUGGAUCAGAAAGCAAGUUAUUGUCUAUUCCUGACUUGAUUCCUGCAUUAACAACAGCAGAACAGAGAGCAGCAACUUCUUUAAAAUGGAGAACUCAUGAGAAGUUACUACAAAAAUAUGCAUGUCUCCCUCAUAUCAUACCAAGUGAUCAGAUUUAUUACCGUUUUCUUCACAGAAUGUUGACAAUCAUUUUGACAAACAACGUCCUGCCAGUCCAAAAAGCAGCUGCUCGAACUCUCUGCGUUUAUUUGCGUUAUAAUCGCAAACAAGAACAGAGGCAUGAGGUUAUUCAGAAACUGAUUGAACAACUGGGCCAAGGAAAAAGUUAUUGGAACAGACUUCGUUUUUUAGAUACUUGUGAAUUCAUUAUGGAACUGUUUUCAAAAUCAUUCUUCUGUAAAUACUUCUUUCUACCUGUACUUGAACUUACACAUGAUCCAGUGGCAAAUGUGAGAAUGAAGCUAUGCUAUUUGUUGCCAAAAGUUAAAUCUACUCUGAAGAUUCCCACGGAUAAACAUUUACUUCAGCAGUUGGAAUUAUGUAUAAGGAAACUUCUGUGUCAAGAGAAAGACAAAGAUGUCCUGACUAUUGUAAAAAGAACAGUGUUAGAAUUGGACAGAAUGGAGAUCUCUGUAGAUGCUUUUCAGAAAAGAUUUUAUGAAAAUGAUUUAUUGGAUCAAGAAAAAGAGAGACAAGAACAUCUUCUUUUGGAAAUGGAACAGUUAGAAAAAGAGAAGCAGCAAAAUGAAGGAAGAUCUACAAAUAUUAAUGAUAAAAUGUUUGAAAAGAAGCGUAGAGACAGUAAAACAUCAUCAGUGUUGGCAAAAAGUAUCACUCUCUCUGUUCCUGGAAGCUCUUCUAGUACAUCAGCAGGCAAAGAAGACAAAAAAUCCAAGUUGGUUCGAAGCCAGUCUUUCAGUACUCAAGCACUACAUCCAAAAUACAGCAACAUAGACAAGUGUCCUAAUAAAAGCUCUGCUACAGGAUAUACAUCUUCAGUAUCAGGAAUGGGAAAGAGUUGUAUGUUAUCCUUUAGUGAUGAUUCAUUCCGGACUCAUUCUACUGGUAAUAGUGGGAAUGUUGCCUUCCCUUCCAGUUGUUCUUCUCGCAACUUAUUUAACUCAGCUGACCAAAAGAACAAUGGAAAUAAGGAGAGUCAGUCCCGAAAGAUGAGCAUAAAAAACAGAAAAUCAAACUCUUAGAGCUUCUGACAGAAAAAGAAGGGAAUCAGAGACUGGUGGAAGCAACAUUCUGGUGUGAUAAGGUGGGAGCAGCAGAUGGGACUCUAAUGCCUGGAGUGAAUAAAAUGCAUCUUGCAAUGUUAAAACUUUUUAUCUUUUAAAUAAAAUCCCAAUCUGUAAAAUAUGUUCCAAUAAGUGACAUAAUGGUUGCAGAAUUCUAACAUUGUAGUGAAAUGUUAUGAAAUACAACUUCAGCUAUGUGCUCUUAACUGCUGCAGCGAAAGAGGGGAUUUUGUUUUCUUCAAUUAUGCCUUUGUAGUUCAAAUUCUUGGAUUUAGAAUGCACAUAUCCAUUACUUAAUUGGCUUAUUUACAAUUUUAGCAAUUCUUAACACCCAUGUUUUAUGCAAGAAAUAGAAGGAAUUGUUCUGAAUAUGAAAAAGUAAUCCCACAUUUUAAAGAACCUUCAAACCUAAUUUAAGACCAAAGUCCAGAAUCAUUGAUCAGUCUAUAAAAAAACGUAAACUUCAGUAGCAUUGUGCUGUGAAUUUGGAGGUAAUGUUUUUACAAGUACUAAGUAAAGUUCAUAAAAAUCCUGUGUAAGUUUCAAAGCAAUCUAAAAGCAGGUGUCUCCAGAUGCUGUAAAAAAAAAAAGUUUUAUUUCAUAAGUUUCGUUGUAUAAAUACUUGUUUUAAUUUUUAGUAUUUCAGAUUGUAUUUUCACUUGAAUAAUUUAUAAUGAUGAAUCUAGUUUUUAAUCAGCUGCUAUUGCAAGCUAUCAUGCUUCAGUGAUGUCAUCUGCAUUUGUUUGUAUUAAUGCUAAUGUUUGUAUCAAAAUUUGUCUGUGGAAAAACAUGCAAUUCUAUUUUAAAAAGUUCUAUUUAUGCCAAUACUUGAGAGAGAGCCUAUGAAGCUAUUGUCAGCUUCUCUAUUUCAAAAUGGAAGCAGCAUAAGUAUGUUGGUAUCAGAAACAUGUGGUUUUUAAAAUUUAUUGGUGUAUGAUAAAGAUGAUCUGAUCUGUGAAUGCAUAUGCGUGUGUGGUUACUUUUUAUAAUGUAAAAAUAUGAAUGAUGAUUUACUCAAAAUAAAACCUAGGACAGUGCUGUACGUGCAUGUUCUUGAAAAAAAAUAAUUCUCAGGGCAUCUUUUAUAAUUAAAAUAAAUAAAAGCAUUUACCUAUAGAAGGUAUUUAUUUUAAAUAGUUAUAAUGCUAGAUGUGUGCUGUCAUGUGUGAAGUACAAAAUGUGUCUUGGAUUUAGCAGUGUUCUACUGUCUGAAUUCCUAAGCUGCUUACACUGCAGUUGGAUUCAGGUGUGUUCUCUGUCUUUAGUCACAGACAUCGUUUGGAUUCUGUGGAAACACUCAGGUUUUCAGUUUGUUCUGCAGCCUAGUGUAGGACCUUGUAAAUCACAGAUUUCUUUAAAAGCUUCUUCAAGUAAUGUGAUGUUUAACAUGCAAUAUUGAUGCAGAUAUACAGAUGACCUAUGCUGGCUCCUCCUAGGUUCUGCUUUUGUCUCAUUAGUGAAAGCAGAUACUCCCAGUUCCCCAGGGACAACUAACUCAACGCGCCAGCUACAGCUGCUCACCCAUGGGCCACAGGAGACUUCUCACUGUUCUCAGUCUGACUUCUGCCAGGGACCAAACUCAGAUCAGCAGUACCCAGCUGCAGAACAGAACUCAAAACUGUGUUUGACCCUCAGAUAACUUUACUAGAGCAAUCCAGAAAAACCAGUAAGUUCAGAAAUUUGAAUCCAAGCUAUUUCUCCCCUUAAUAAGCAUGUAAUGAGUUCUGUAUACAGUCUGUCAUUUGUUUCUUAUUGGCUGUCAUUUGUCUGUCUUUUUUAACUGAUUAAUUUAUUUAAUGCUGAUAACACGUGCUCCGCUCAAUAACUCUACUAUGUAUUAAAUUCCUGCUAUGUAAUCUUUAAA